AUUAUGGGCUUGUAAAGCCCAAUUAUCACCCAUUAUCAGUUCAAUUUUCAGACUAUUCUUCUGGUAAAGCUUCUUGUUACAGUUCUCAUUUCUCCCGAAGAUUCUCUCGGGGUUCUCCACUUCUCGACUCUUCCUCCUUUUAAGCCGACCAAAAAGGAUGAGUGGUUUACAAGCACAAGGCAGUGCGUGUUCCUUGAGCCAGCUAAGCAAAGAUGUGGGAGUGGUGGCUGCCACCGAGACAAAGCCAAAGAAGAGGAUAUGUUGUGCUUGCCCGGAUACUAAGAAGCUAAGAGAUGAGUGCAUUGUUGAAAACGGUGAAUCUGCUUGCACCAAAUGGAUCGAAGCUCAUCUUAUGUGUCUUCGCUCAGAGGGUUUCAAAGUUUGAGAAUUGUUUAAAGACAAAAUGUCUAUGGAGUGUGGAAAAAUGAUUAGUGACAAUAGAUUGUUGAUUAUUUUUUUUUCCUGAAACUUACACAACACAACAAGUCAUGUAAUAACUUGGUCAAGAUCAAAUCAAAACAUUAACUUA